AAUUCCAUACCCCCUUUUGUCCUUUUGUCCUUUUCUCACUCAUUAUCACCAUCUCCAACAUCAAAAUCAAAACCUAGAAAUAAAAUUCCCUCUAAUAGCUACUGAUCAAGAAAGAUUCUGACCUAAUAAUCUGUCCAAAUAUGGGUAAUAAGAACACUCCCACCAUGGCAAUCAUCCAAGCCAGUGCUUUCUACGACAACAACAAGACGACGACCGAAGCCUGUCGGGACUCGGGCAGCCCUGAAAAGGGCAAGAAUUCGAACAAUUUGGGUUCUUCAUCAGUGCAAUCGAGCCCCAGCAGCACGAAUUCGAAUGGGUUAGGUUACCAAGCCACUGCCAAUUACAGCUUGUCCGAGGAAGAUCAUCAUUCUGUCAUCAGCUUCAAGCCUGAUCAGUUUGCUGGAAACCCUUUCGAUUCUCACAGAUCUUUGCUCGCUUUCGAUGCACCAGACCCUAAACGGAUUCCUCAGAAUUUUUACUCGAAGCUCAUCGCCGGCGGCGGAGGAGAAGAAGAAGAUGAAUAUCCAGUUUGGGAGGAUAAUUUGAACAACCUUAAUGGCUGCUAUCACUUAAAUCCUAAACCCAAUGUAAUGAACCAUGGCGUGCCUGGAAUUUCUACCUGCAAUGGGUUUCAAUUCGAGUGGAUGAAUGAUCAAGAAGAUAAUGUCAAUCAAGAACUUGGUAGGCAUGAAGGAGGUCAUAACAAGCGUCCUUACACUGGAGAGAGCAGCACACAAGCAAUGAAGAAGCAAUGUGGAGGAGCUGGUUCUAGUAGUGCUUCGAAAAAGCCGAAACCGAAACCGGCAUCGUUGUCGCCGUCGAAAGACACACAAAGCAUUGCUGCCAAGAAUCGACGCGAACGGAUUAGCGAGCGGCUAAAGAUACUACAAGAUCUUGUUCCUAAUGGAUCAAAGGUUGAUUUGGUCACUAUGCUGGAGAAAGCCAUAAGCUAUGUCAAAUUUCUGCAAUUGCAAGUGAAGGUUUUGGCUACUGAUGAAUUUUGGCCAGCACAAGGUGGGAAAGCUCCUGACCUUUCCCAAGUUAGAGAAGCCAUUGAUGCCAUUCUUGCUUCUCAAAGAUCCGAUCGAAAUUCGAGCUCAAAAUAAUGAUGCGAUCGUAACCGAAGAAGAGUUUGAUUAUAUACGAUUAUCAAAGGGACCAUAGUAGCCAUUGGUUCGAACGAAUUUGUCGAUGAUUACCAACGAUUUACAAGAAUCUUACAGGAAGGGUACAAUUAAUUAAUUAAUUAAUUAAAUAAGUUUAGUGUGUUCUUUAAUUCCAUCAUCUUGAUGUUUAUUCAACGAAUCAAUUGUGUUUUGGAGUGUCUCGAAAAAAUUGUGAUCUCCAAUUAACCUUUGCAGCA